AUGGAGGUAUGCGACCCAUGCUGGACAUGUCGCAACCGGCGCAUCCAAUGCGAUCAGUCCGGCACACCAUGCGCCAAGUGCGAGAAAGCCGGACUAGAAUGCUUUGAUAAACGACCAUUCAGAUGGGUCAAAGGCGUGGCAAUCCGUGGCAAGAUGCAAGGCCGUUCAUACGAAGGCAAGACAGGAGAUUCACCCUCUGCUGUGGAUCCCGUACGGUCACCAGCCAAGAAACCUCGCGCUCUGGUCAAAUCCAUAGCCAGUGGCGGAACCCUACCUAUUGCCUUACAAGACCCAUCUACAUCGCACUUAGAUCAAGUUUCGAAGUAUUACAUAGAUUACUAUAACGAACGCAUAUGCAAGCUAUUCAUCGUCUACGACAGCGACAAAAACCCACUCCGGAGCCUGAUCCCAUUCGGAAUGAAAGAGCCAAUCUUACAAAAGGCGAUUCUCGCUCUCGCGGCGCGGCACCACGCCAACUCAGGUCAGUCAUUUUAUCAGCUUGAAGCGCCGACAUCUCCUGGCCUCAUCAAUGCCAAUCGGGACGCACUGCUUUUCAAGCAUCAAGCUAUGGAAGCUCUGUCCCGGGCUUUGGGCAAUGCAAAUUCAAAUUCAUCCAAGAAGGAUACUACUGUUGCUAGUAUAUUUCUGCUUAUCUUUCUGGAUCUUCUGGAGUCUGGGAGUGAUGGCUGGAAUUUCCAUCUCGAGGGCGCUAAGAGUUUGAUUUCUUCUCAGCGGUUGCUGCUGGGGGAUUCUGGUGUUAAUAAUGGACCUGGUCAGACGGUUCGGGAGAUCCGGGGAUUUAUUGCUAAGCAAAUACACCUGAUCGAGACUCUGGGAGCAACCUUCCUACGACCUAAGUUACUAUCUGAAUUCAUUUUCGCCGACCAGGAAGAAUCUUCAUCCCAAGAAGCUAUUGAGAAAUCCUUCCUUGGAUGUCCGGAAUACCUAUUGACAGCGAUACAAUUCCUCUCGAGCGAACGAGACACCAUCGCGGGAUCGAAGCUCGAUCAAGCUGCCGUCCAAACACAUAUCCAAGAUACAACAGCCAUGCUAUCCCUUAUCCGGAACUUCGAUUGUUACGCCUGGGCCUCGAGCCUACAACACUCCAGGCAAUCAUCCCCAAACGAAAUAAGCAAUCUCUGCUCCCUGUCGCAGGCAUACAAGAUCGGGGCUUUGAUAUAUGGCAGACGAGUCCUGGAUGCCCUCACAGAGGACGUGACCCUGCAAGAUGAUUUAAUAUCGGAGUUACUUGGUCUGAUUGAUGCGUUGAAAGAAGACGAGGCACUCUUCAAGUGUAUUCUAUGGGCUAUUUUUGUUGCGGGUCUGGAGUGCCGCACUCACGCACAGAGGGAUUUCCUUGUUGGGUGUUUGGAGAAGUUUUGGGUAGCGACUAGUUGUUUGAAUGUGGUUAAUGCUGCGAAUAUCUUGCGCGAUUGGUGGCAGCAGGAGGAUAAAUUAGAGGUAUCAUCGCGGUGGAUCUUUGAUAUUGGUCGUUUGGGUCGGGACUGGCUUCUAAUAUAA